AUGGAUCAAAAGUGUAAGAAUUUUAAUAUGAUGGUACCAAGCGGUGGGACCCCUGGGCUGCGAGGUACCACAUUGGCUACUGGGGAAGAGCACAAGGCUAAUCAUAAUAGCGGCGGUAUUGAUGACGCGGAUGGGGCAAAUCCUUCUGGACACCUACCUGCUGAUGUAGCCACCAGCGAACUGAGAUCCCUGCGCUGCACAAAAGUCACGAAAAUUGGAACAUGGAACAUAAAGGGAAUGAACAUUGGGAAGUUGGACACCAUCCAGAAGGAAAUGAAUCGGUUAAACAUCGAUAUCCUGGGAGUCAGCGAAGUUCAUUGGACUGGCAAUGGUUUCUUCAACUCUGGUGAUCAUACAAUGUACUUUUUAGGCAACAGUAAGACCAGACAACAUGGAGUGGGAUUUGUUCUAUACAAGAAAAUAUCCAAGUAUGUUGAAAGUUACCAGACCAUCAGUGAUCGAGUGAUUACCAUUCGCAUCAAAGCCAAACCCAACAACAUCACAUUGCUACAAAUCUAUGCACGAACUGCCGACGCCAAAGAAGAUGAGAUUGAACAAUUCUAUGCAGAAAUUCCGGGUGCAAUCGAGGAAACACCAUGA